AUGAACUCCAUCUAUGACUUGGAUCCUCAUAUACAGAAGCUACUCUCACUAGACAACUUCCUAGACAAUUUGACAGUCUAUGAAUUCAUUGAAGAACUAAGUAAAGAUCAUUCUCUCAAAAGUACAGAAGUUAAUCAAUUGAAAUACUUGGAUCCUAAACCAUUCAUAAGAACUUUUGAAUCUACUUUAAAUCAAUUAAACAAAUUAAAUCAAGAAGCUGCUCAAAAACAAGCUGUAUUAUCACAAGAAGUUUCCAAAUUUGAAUUAGAUCAUAGUAGAAAUGUCCUAAGUUUAACUUCAAGAACUGAAUCAAUUCAAUCUCAAUUCAAACAACUUGAUGAUCAAAUAUCUCAAGUCAAUUCUUCCAUAACACCAUUCACUGAAUCAUUAACGAAAACAAUAAACACCAAGGAAAGAUCAAUUGCUACAAUCUCCUUAGUGAGGAUUUAUAAUGAUUUUUAUUCUAUGGGGAAAUCACCUGAAUUAUCUUCAUUAAUGAAUGGUUCAACAAGAGAUAAAAUCAAAUGUGCAUCAAUAUCAUCUCAAUUAAUACCAUUAUCAUCAAAAUUAAUAUCAAAUGACCUAGAAAAUUCCAUACAUUGUCAUGAUGUUAUAAUCAAAUUCUCAGAAACUAUGGAACAAACAUUAUUAAAAGAUUUUAAUCAAUUUUAUAAAGAUAAUAAUAUCCCACAAAUGAAAGAAAUUGCAGAUAUUUUGAUUGAUUAUAAUGAUGGUAUGACUGUUAUUAAAAAUUUCAUUAAUCAACAUUUAUUCUUUUUGAAUACUGAAGAUGAAGAAAAUGAUGAUUUAAUGGAAAAUCAAAAAAUUUGGGAAAAUUUAUCAAACCCAUUCAUACAUCAGAAUGCAGUUAUUGAUGAAUUUAUUUCAAGUCAUUUCGAUAAAUAUUCCAAGAUUAUCCAAGAUGAAACUCAGGUUAUCCUAAAAGUUUUCAAAAAUCCUAUACCUGUAUUACAAUUAUUUAUUCAAAGAAUAUUUGCACAACAAAUUCAAUCUAAAAUUGAAACUUUUUUGAAAAAUUCUUAUUCUUUAAAUAAUUUAGCUUAUUUAAGAAUCUUAAAUUCAUUAUUUACAAUAAUGUCUAGUAUUAAUAAAGAUUUAAAAGAUUUUUUCCAUGAUACUAUACCAGGGGAACAUAAAAUUGAUGAAUUAAACUUGGUUCUAGAUCAAUCUUUUUCAGAUUUAUUCACAUCUCAUCUAAUUGAUUUAAAAUAUUUUGAAUUAGAAAAGAAAAAUUUAGAAUCCAUAUUUGCUACAAUAACUUCAAAAUAUGAACAUUUAAAUGAACAUAAAAUUUCAAAUAAAUUAAAUGCAAAAUUACAAGGUUCAACUCAUGAGGUUCAAGGUGAAAAUGAAUAUGAAAAUUUAAAUAGAAGAAGUAAAGUUGGACAAUUUAAAAACUUUAUGAAAUCUCAAUUAGAAAGAUCUCAAUCACUUAAUGGUAGAACAAGUGAAGAUAAUUUACCACAACAACAACAACAAGAUGAUGAUGCAGAAUUAAAUUUAAAAAAUGUUGAUGAUUUAUUAAAAUCUACAGUGGAAUCACUUUCCAGGAUUAUUGAAUUAACUCCAACUAAAAUAAGUGAAUAUUCUUUAGAAAUUUUAGAAAUUUUAUUAAUUGGAUUAGGGAAAUCUUAUUUAGAUAUAUCAUUAGAUAUAACAUUCACAGAAUUACAUCAACAAGAUUUUAAACCAGAUUUAAUAAAUUUCCAAUACUUAUCAAAUAUUAAAACAUCAAGUGAAAUUUUAUACCUAGUUUCAACAUGUAUUAGAACUAUUAUAUUACCAUUAUCAAAUAAUUCCCCAACUUUGAAAACCAAGAUGAUAAAUUUAACAAAUAGUUAUAUUUCAAGAUGUGAACAAUCAAUAAAUUUAAUAUUAAAAGAUACUCUAACUUUAUGUCAAGAUAAAAUUCAGAAUGCAUUAUCUAAACAAAAAAAGAAGGAUUUCUUACCCAAAAUUGGUGAAUUAGUUGAUACAGAUACAUUACCAUGUGAAUUAAUUACAAAUUUCUUAACAGAUCUUUAUCAACAAUUUCAAACACAUUUAAAUGGUGAUAAUUUAAACACCUUGCUUUUCCAACUUGGUGAUUUUCUCUUUUUGGAACUAUUUCAACAUUUUAAAAAUUUUCAAAUAAAUUCUACAGGUGGGAUUGUUAUAACUAAGGAUAUUAUAUCAUAUCAAACCACUAUAGAAAGUUGGGGGAUCCUUGAAUUAACCAAAAAAUUCCAAUUAUUAAGAGAAUUAGCUAAUUUAUUUACAGUUCAACCUGAAUUAAUUCAAAGUUUGACUAAAGAAGGUCAAUUGGCUAGUGUUAAGCCUUAUGUUUUAAGACAGUUUAUUAUGAAGAGAUGGGAUUAUAGUUCGAGUUAUGUUGAUAAGUUGAAAGGGUUUAUGUGA